AUGGAUUUAAGAUUAACGAGGCCACGUAAACGCGGCGUCGCGGGGGUCGGGGCGCGCGCCGUGUUUACAUGCGGGUGCAGGCGGCGGGUGCAGCGGGCGGGCGAUCGAUCGCUGGGCGGAGCGGGCGCGGGGCGGGCGCGGCGGGCGGCGGGGGGGGGGGCUCGCGCGCGCCGGCCGCCAGUCCGCCUCGGGGCCGCGUCCGCGCGGUCGUCGCCUGAUCCCGCGGUGCGGCGCGCCGGAGUGUCUCCGCGGGCGCCCGGCGGCGGCGGCGAGCCUCGCGCCGCCCGCCCCCGCGCUGAUGCCGCUGCCGGCCGGAGCCGCAGCGCCCCUCACCCUCCCCGCGCCCCCGCCGCCGGCCGGCGCCGCGCGCGCAGCCUGGCCUGUCGCGACCUAGCCGAGAAAGCCCCGCCGCCCGCGCACCCCGCACCACGCUUGCGCCCCGUGUUCCUGUGGGCACGGCAGCGCGACGGCACCGUGCAAGAGGUCCGCUGUGAAGACUACGAUCCGCGUAACCGUAUCCGUAUCGCGCGUACCCCGACCGGUUGGCGAGUUAUCCCGCGUACUAAAAUCUUUGACUCUAUUCUUGUGACAAGCGCUCCGGCGCACGAACCUUCGGAGCCCAGUGCUCCCCAAGAGCGGCGCCGGCGCCGGCGUCCCGGCAGGCCGCGGCGGAGGCGCACGGACGCGGCAGCGCCCGCGCCCUCCUGGCUGGCCCCCGACCUGGAGUCUCACAUCCCGUCGCACACGAUCGCGGUGCCGCGCGUGCCGCCCGCGCCGCCCACUCCGCCCGCGCCGCCUGAGCCCACUCCACUCGACAACUUGCUCGCGGUAGCCGAGCUGGAGUUCAAUCAGCAGCGCGGCGAGGAGGCGCUGGAGUUGGAACUUCAGGCGGGAGCCGCGCAGUACCCCUUCCUGCCGGAAGCGGAAGAGGUAGCGCGCGACGUCAUGUCGUUCGAACUCGGCGAGCCAAAACCACCUGACGACAUGUUCUUCGAGCAGCGCAAGCCUCCGGAACGUACUCCUGAAGAAGACGCCUUUCACACUGACAUGGGAGUGCAUAAAGACCUAUUUGAGACUAUAAGUGAAGCGCACUACCUGCCCGAGCUCGGUGGGCCUCAUGACGAGGCCCUACUCGAGUCACUCGUAGAGAAGGGUUGUGAAGAUAAUCAGAUACUCGGGCAGGCGCUGGAUAAGCUGGCGCAUCUCGUGCACGGCUCCGGUGACUACGCGGAGGAGGAGGACGACAUGUUGCUCGGUGGCGCGCCAGUUGCUGACAUCAUCGACCGCCUCGAGCAGUCGCUGGAGUCCCCCAGCCGCAGUAGCAUGACAGCUGCGCAAGGACUACUACACCUGCAUCACAUAGGCGACCACCUGCCGCCACCCGAUCAGCAACAGGCUAUCGAACAGUCUUAUAUGACAGACGAAGUGUUUGCGCCCGCCGAUCCAUCAACAGAAUGUGCGCUUGAAACAUUAUCUGCAGCGUCACAAAUGCAAAGCGCUAGUGAAGUUAACCAUUUAGAAUAUGAUCAAACCGCCGAGAAGAGGCUACAAGAUGAAGUCGACAAUGUCGAAGCUAUGUAUACUGAACAAGUACCUGAAAUCCCUGCAACCUCAGAAGAGCAAAUAAUUCAACCGUUACCGGAUCAAAGCGAAGAAACUUUACCGUGUGAAUUACCAACACCGACACCGACGCCGACUGAAGAUGAGCCUGCUGAUAACACGACGAAUAACAUUACUCUCAAGAUAGAGACCGAGGAGCCAGUGUGCGAUGAAGAUGGCAAUUUUACAAAUGCUAUUAAAGAGGAAGAUACCAGCUUAGAUUUCAUGAAAGAUCUAGAUGAUCCGUCAAACGCCGUGGAAUUGGUAGCUACUGAUUUGAGUGUCAAAAACUUUAAAAAUAGUAAAAAGCCAAACCGCGUCGUGGCUAGCGUUGCUGAAACCACAAAUACCAUGGAAGACAACCUAUCAGAGAAGGGUGACGACCAGCCUAAAGAUCUGAGUGUGCAAAGAAGGCUGCCUACCCCGCAUGCGUCACCGAGAAGGAUAGACAUACCGCGAGCGCCGUCCAGAGAGUCAGAUGCAAUGCAGUCGCCGCAACCGAGCGGCAUCCCUGCCGUGCCGUCCUCACCUGAGAUAUUCACGAUGCCACAGUCGAAGAGCAAACAAUCGCUGUUCUUAGAAACAUUGCUGUCGUCGCCCUCACCCAAGAUGUACACGUCUGAAGUGACCAUUACAAAGCAGCAAUGUGAACCAUUAAACUUGGGCAAACAUCGGAAAUCAGCCAGUCCGACGGUAACCAGCUGUUCAGACGAGAUUAGAAAGUUAAAUAAAGAGUUUGGUGAACCUCAAGAGAAGAAAGGUCGGCGAGAAUCUACAGACGAUACUGUUAAAAUUAGUAAAGUAUACAACAAAUGCGACAGAACAGAUGAACAUUCAGCUGAAAGUCAGACGAAAAUAUCGAAGAAAGCUGACAAAGAGGAAAAGCUCUCUGCGAAAUAUAUUGAGAAGAUGAGUAAACUGAGUCCAAUUGAACAACUGCAUAGUCUAAGAUCGAAUUCUUCAAUUCCCGAUGCUUUACUAAUUCCCAAGAACAAGUUAAAUACAAUUCUCGCCGCGCCUGCUAUCGAAAUUCCUCAGAUGCUUAUUAAUUGUCCAGAGUUAACGAUACCGCAGGCUUUCGCAUAUCCCCAACUUUUACAAGAUCCUGACAUACUCGUGUUGUCACUGUCACAAAUAGAGGCUAUAUUGAUGAACCAAACUAAGCGACCUGAGUCGCCGAUAAAAGAGCCAAAGGCACCAACACCAAAAAGCUCGAUAAGUACAUCGAGUAGUGAUAAUAUGACGAAUUCAAGUCAGCCCGAACAUGUCAACUCUAAUCCUCAACCUAAGCCUAUACCAUCGAUGGACGCGUUAGCAGGCGAAAUCGAUGCGGCGACCUCGGCCGCGAUCAACCAAAUGAUAUGGUUACCUUACUUCAGCCAGCUAGAGGCAAUGGCAGCGUGCACACAAAACAUGGAUUUCCUAAAAGCUCUCAACUCAUCUGGAUACGGCGCAGGGCAAGGCUAUCCGGAGUUAUCGCAAGUAUUUAACCCGAAUUCCCGUUUUGCGGGACCAACAGGUUUCCCUGUGAUGCCUCCGAUGGACUACGAAAAUCGGAUGCAAUAUGCUAUGUGGCAGGAGGCGAUGAAUCAUUCAAAUCAGCAACAGGCUCAGAGACAAAGCCAAGCCAAAGUAAAUGAAUGUCAGGUUAAAGAAGUCGUGUCGAAAUCCAUGGAUGUGCAAAAUCCAUACGUACACUCGACAAAAAGUCAUCAUCAGAAUAAAUCGCAUAGCAGUAUGUCCUCGCGUUCUAGUCCUAUGGCCAACUACACCGCCAGUCAGCGCGCCGCCAUGCAACAUAAUUCGUUCCUCCAGAGCAUGUACCCUGGAAUGAACCCCAACAUGCGGCCGAACAUGCCUCUGCCAGGCCUCCAGAUCCCGUAUUUCAACCCUAACUUGAUGGGUAGUCAGCGCUCGCCUAGAAGCGGGGCGCAAAAGAGCCCAACGUCACCGUACUUCCCGAACAACAAUUACCUGCAAUCUAUGAAACAUUCCGAGGCGCAGCCUCACCAGAGAAGUAGUUCGACUAGCUCGCAAGAGUCUCCGCGGCCGCGGAUCAGUGUUAAAUCAUUACAAAACUUAUUGGAGCCGAGUGCUGUGGCGUCGGCAUCGUCGUCGUCGCGGCGGGGGCACAACCCGCCGGCGGGCGCGAUGAGCCGGCGCCGCGAGGAGCCCGAGGUGGGCAGCACCACGCCGCUCGGGGAGCCGCCGCACCUGCCGCCGCACCCGCACGACCCGGCCUCCUACCACUUGUGGCAUCCGCUGUUCGGCAACCAAAAGGGCUACAGCCCCUGGAACGGCCCUUGGACGACGCCGACGGUGACGGCGACUGGUGACUGACCGAGGUAUCCGCGCGGGCCGCCUGCGCCCGCGCACCCGCGCUGAGCACGCACGGGGACGGGGAGUGAAGGGAAUUGAGGACUAAAGGACUAUAAGGAACAGUGGCCAGGGGGAAGCACCUAAAAGACACUUAGAUCUAAAGUUUGACGACCUAAAUCACCGCUAAACUUAUAUACAUGUUUAAGUAAAUGACACGUUUAGUUGUAUUAUAUAUAACUAUGGAUGUUUAUCGGACUAAUUCUGUAGUGAGUAUACAUGUAUUCGUUGUUUUUAUGUACUGAUUGCAAUCUUUACAUUGUUGAGUGCAUUUUUCCUGUCUUGAAUGCAAGUUCUAGAUAUGCUGUGAGCAUUAAUAUGAAUCUACGCGGUGAGUGAAAUUUUAAAAGAGUUUUUCUAACAUAUAUCGUAUGAGAAGGUAAUUUAUUAAAUUAAUCAUGAUUAUGGUAACUGUUAGAAGAUUCAUUUACAAUUUAUUUUGUGUAAUUACGUAUUUUAUGCUCACGGUACUAUCAAGCUGGUAUGAAGAUAUUAUUAUAUUAUGUAUCCAAUGUUUAAUCAGAAAGUUUAUAAAAGUGUAUAAAAUUAUUGGAAAUCUUUGUCAAAGAAGUAAAGAUAAUUGAAGUCUGAUUUAUUACUGUCAGAUAACACAAAUGUUAUUAUUAUGUAUUUAUUUAUGUUAAGGAAGUCAUACUUAUAAUGUUAUACAAAUAAUUAAUUCCUUGUUUAUAAAAGUUGGUUGAAGAAAAAUAUCAUUAAAUCAAUAAGGGUUGGUUCCACUUUGUACAGUCGUUCGCUUGCCAAAGGUGACACAUAAAAAUGAUUCUAAUUUUCAUUGAACUAAAAACGUUUAUCGUAAAUCAAGAACUUACUCGUGACAAUUUAACACGGCGUUAACAACGUUGACAUGUAUAUUUUUAUAAAACUCGUAUUUUUUACAAAAUCUUAGAAAAUACAAGUUUUAUUGUAAUAUAAUAUCAAUGUUCACGGCUUCACUGUGAAAUUGAUUUAGUAAAACAUCAAGUUACUACGCAGACUACGUUCUUAGAAAAAUAUUAUUUUUACAUCUACGCCAUCGAUUUAAGACGAUAGUAUGGUGGUGGUAAACUUACCCGUAGCUUUUAUUAUCUAGGCAAGAAGAUUCAUUUUCGUGAUAAACUGUUGCCAUUGACAAGCGAUCGACUGUAUACGACCGAAAUUUCACAUAACCGGAACAAAAUCCAUGACAAACCGUAACAAAUAGAAUUUCACAUGUUUUUUUUUACUCAGACAAAGACAUUAAUAAUUCAAUUUUCAAUAUUUUCACAGAUGAUAAGUACUGCAGGUAAUGCAUCUUUUAUUUUCCUUUACUCAGUAUGCAGACAUAGCAAAGACGCAUUUUGUAAAUAAAUUAACAAUUUUAAUCCUAAAAUAGUUCUUAAAAUUACUCGUUUUUGGUGGACAUUAGUGCUUAAUUCCUAGCACUAAAGUUCAAUUUCGUAAAACAUCUCAUCUGUACAGCGAAAACAUUCAGAAUAAGAAAGUCUUUAGACACGACAAUGUCGCCAUUAGGUUUUUCUUUCUUUUAGAUCAUCUAGCCUUACAAUUUAGAUAUAAAUUCUCCCACAGCCACGUGGCCACAGCCAGACGGUUGAGAACUUUAUGUAAGUGAUUUAAGGUGCAAUUUAUAAUGAGACCCCCAGAGCCCGAAUGGUGAACGAAUUGAUCCGUCCGAUGUUGUGAAACCCCCGUGUCGUCGCUCGCUGCGGUAGUCCCGUACCGUGGACUGUUUCUUUUCGGCCACGAUAUUUCGCGACAGAUCGUCGGUUUCUGUGUACAUCGACGCCUUAAUGGCUUAAUCAUUAUCAUAAAAGUACAUCAAGCCGUCAAUGUACACACAGUCGGACGAUCUGUCGAGAACAGUGUCGCGGCAACAUAGCCUGUGAACUGAUCUGUAUAGUAAAACUUCUUAUGAUGCCAAUGGAACGGUUAGCUCGUUCCGAUCAUGUAUAAAGCUUUAAUUUUUAGUAUUAUUACGAUGAACCGUCAACUUUUCUGAGGCAUUUUGUGAAAUAUUUAUAAAUUUAAAUUCGAAGUACAUAUUAAUUUUUACGUGUAGACUCGUAUUCGUAAUUGGAGUGGGUACGUCUGCAUAAAUUGGCUCAGUGACGUGGCGGUGACGUUGAUGUCAUUUGGGUGUCCGCGGCAGGGCCGGGCCGAGCUCGAGUGAAGGCAAUUACAACUGGAAAAUUGAACUUGCAUCCUUUAGUUAUGGAAAAGAUAGCACAUUAAUUGUAGCCAGGUAUACAUAUCUUGUGCCAUCUUUUACUAAACUUGUAGUAAAGGAAGUGACGUUUUCCCUUCAAUUAGCUGCCGCGAACACCUAAUUGCUAUCUAUAUUCUAUACACCCAUUUAUUAUUUUGUCAAAUGCAGAUAAGUUCACAAUAUCUAUGUGUGUUCACUGGAACGGAAUUGCAAACCCACCUCUUAGAGCAUCUACAAUUUACACGAAUGUAACGACGUGUUAUAAUAUCUAUAAAAAUAUAUUAUUUUAUCUUUAAAUACUUACAAAAUAAUGAUCUCUGAAAAUGUUAAAAUAAAAUCCGUAAUUUUAAUCCGCGUGCGUUGUCCAGCGAAUUUUCCCCGUAACACCACACAUGUCUGCACGGUGAGUGCUUCAUCAAAUUAAGAGCUACACAUAUCUAGCUACAGGAUCUCCGGCGGCUACCAUGACAACGAUUUAAAGCCGUUACAGUCGGGCGCAGGGCGCAGGGGUGCUCAGUGCUCACUCACUACAACCAACGCACAUCUCCCUGACAUCUGAUCACAAUCGAUUACACACGCCUGCUCAUCCACUCAUUUAUUUUACGUAAUAACGUUCACUUCUCCUUCCACUUCGUGGGUAUACGAACAAGUACAUAUCUACAGACGAUGUUUAAGAGUACAGUAAAUUGUGGAUGCUCAACCAACCAUAUCCGUAUAUUAUAAGAUGGUGCGUCAAUGGGUACAGUUACAGAGUAUGUGCGUAGUGCAUAAUACUUUAUUGUUUAGUUGUGAUAUGUAACAACACGCGCCGGGGUGCGGCGCUAGUUCCAAAUAAGUGCAAUCCGAUCGGACUGUAUGUAUAUCGUAGUUAGACAAGUUAAGCGGAGGUACGAUGCAUUUAAUUUAUGUGUAGGGGCAAUGCACGCCGAAUUUGUUAUUUAAAUCGACGCUUAACAUUACGCCGGUGCAACGCACGGCCACCUUACGUGCGCAUUUACGAUGCUAGCAAACAUUGUAUCUGAUCUCAAUACUCUUGAAUACAACGCCAUCUAUCGGCAGUAUAGCUAAGAGUCGAUUGUAAAUAGCAAUUCGGCGUGCAUUUGCUUCAUUUAUUAUUAGACAGAACAUCACGGUGACUACUGUUAGCGUGGCCAGCUGACAGGCUAGUAGUAGUCGACAUGACGUCGAUAUCUGGUUAAAAUGAGAGUAGGCAAAAUACAUAGUCCCAGCAACGAGAUGUGUUAGAGGAGAUUAUUUUGUUGGCUGAUAGCAAACAAUGGAAGGCAUGUAAUUUGUCAAAUAUCGCUAUUGUAGAAUAACAUUAACAUUUUUCCUUCAAGGAUAGUAGGCAGUGCUGUAUCAUGUUUAAAUUAUAAUUCAAUGUUUAUUAGUGACUAGUAAUGCAAAUUGUUUCACAUAAUUUAAGUUUAGGCGGCCGCAAUGUAACUCGGAUAAUUUUACAGCGGACAAAGUAUAAUAUAAUUGCAUCAACUUGUUGCACGUAAACCACAAUUUAGUCAGUGUUACAUUAACCAGUUGUAGCUGUUAACUAUCUCAGUGUUCGUUUGUGUCAAUCAGUGUGAUUUUUGCUUCGAGAAUUUCAAAUAAUAAAAGGUAAAUAUUUCCGAAUAAUGAUAAAUUAUAAUAUAAAUAUAUGUAGUGUCAAGGAAUUAUUCUCAUUUUAGCCAGUGUAAGUCUGUGUUAGCGUCGUAAAUAUUCAUGUCGAUUCGUGUUCUUAUGACUUACUAUUUAGCUAUAGUCACACUAAAUGUAUGAAAUAUCCUUACUGUUCUCUCAUUCUGACCAUUAUUUGUUACUAUUUUGCUCUCAUGAAUGACUCUGUAAAAAUAUUGUAAUGGUCUAUUUACAUGAAUUUCGAAUAAUUAAGAUCUAUCUAAGCCCUGUAACAUUGUACCUAACUAUUAUGUGUAAGAUUAAGGAUUUAAUGCUAGCAGUACGCAAUACAUCGGUUUAUUUGUUACUCAACUAUUUACGUUUAUAUCACUGUGCAAUUUAUAUUAGGUAACUCAUUAUGUUUGAUUGGAAAACUGUUAUUAAUUUAAGUAAAUUUAUUGACCGAAUAAACAGUAUUCGUCCUCAACAAGUUGUAAGAACACAAACUCGAUAUUAGAAAUUAUAAAAUAAUAACUUUUUAUUAUUAAAAAAAAUCUAUUUAUUUCGUUAUUUUUUAAGUUUUCGAUGAUUUUAAUUGUUCUCGUUACUUUCCUUGGGAAUCUUUAUCAAUUUGUAGUAAUUAGUAAGUACAGUUCUCGCGCAGUGUGUACAACGGGGAUCGAGUGGCGAUGUCUAUGUUAAGAGACAAUUAUAAAUUGAUAUCAAACUACUUUUCUAAUGUACAAUUCCAUUUUUUCUAUUCCGGUGUCAUUAGUAAACGUAUGUGCCCGCAUGUCGCAGUCGCCGUCGGCUCAAUCCCCGUUAAGAAGACGAAUUGUUGGUUAUUCUUGUUCGUGACAACUCACUAUUCCAAAAGUUUCCUGAUGUAAUUUAUUGACUUGAAUAAUGAAAUUACGCUUCUAAAGUGUAUUACGUAUGUAAAUAUAGGACAAACUAAUACCUAUUAUUGAUAGUGAAUGUUGUAAUUUGUAUAUAAGUAACGAAAAUUAAAUUUUAAAUACAUAGAUAA